GAAGGAAGGAAGAGGGAGUGUAAGCUGGGGGGGAGGAAUGCGGCUUCAUUUAUAUCUAUGCCCAGAGCAGGGCACCUGCUUACCAUGGACACUGCCGGGUACAGCAAGUGGGACAACAAGCUGGAGGAGGUCCCUGGAGGGCACUGGGGACACUGGGGACAGAGAUCCCUCCUCCUGGCCUUUGGUCUGGUGGUCGUCACAGUCCUGUGGGCCCUCGUUCUGAGCAUCCUAUUUUCCAAGGCCUCCACAGAGCGCGGGGCGCUGCUUGGCCACCAGGAUCUACUGAGGACAAACGCCUCGAAGCAGACGGCGACUCUGAAGGUCUUGAAGGAGGAGGUCCGAGCCUGCAACAGCUGCUGCCUGGGGGUGCAGGCGCAGCUGCAGACGGUGCACACCCAGCUUGGAGAGGCAAAGGCGAAGCUGUUGGAGCAGGAGAGCGCCCUGAAGGAACUGAGCGAGCGCGUGACCCAGGGCUUGGCUGAAGCCGGUAGGGACCGUGAGAACAUCCGCAGUGAGCUCUUCCGGGAGCUGGAGAGAGUCCGGUUCCAGAACAGUGAGCAAGAUCCCAAAGAGGGAGAAGGGAGAGCAAAGCGGACCCUGCUCUUGCGUCUCGCCUUCCUUGAGCCCCCUGGCUCGGUUUUUGACUUUGGCCUGAUCUCAGUGCCUCCAUCCCUGGGCCCGGGGUCCAAAACCCCCCUCCCCAAUCCUCUCCGUCUGCUCCACUUGAGAGCAAAUCACCUCUUUAACCUUCCCCACCCUGCAGGCUCCUGCGAGCAGUGCCCCAAGUCGUGGCUGCCAUUCCAGGGCUCUUGUUACUUUUUCUCGGCGCAAGGGGCCACGUGGGUGGAGGCUCAGAGCCACUGCGAGGGUGCGGGCGCGCACCUGGUGAUUGUUGGGGGCCUGGAGGAGCAGGGCUUCCUGAGUCGGAAUACUGCCGGCCGCGGCUACUGGCUGGGCCUGAGGGCUGUGCGCAGGGCGCGCAAAAUCCAGAGCUACCAGUGGGUGGAUGGAGUCCCACUCAGCUUCAGCCACUGGAAUCUGGGGGAACCCAAUGACUCUCUGGGGCGCGAGGACUGCAUCAUGAUGCUACGGACGGGGAUGUGGAAUGACGCACCGUGCAACAGCAAAGACGACAGCUGGAUCUGCGAGAAGAGGCACAACUGCUGACCUAGCCCAGUGCCCCAGAGCCAAGCCCACUGGCACUUGUCCAAUCGCCUGAGCUGCUUACUGCCCUGGCUCCGCCCACCACUAUAAUCCCUCCCACUGCUUCCAGCAAAAACACCCCUUCACCCAGAGCCUAGGCCAAUAACUGGACCUCAGCUCCAACCCCGCUGCAUCCCCUCACCCCAUGAGCCUAAUGUAUCUACAUUCGCUCCAAAAUCUGAGCUCCUCUGCCCUGUGAUCUGGCCCCAUCACCCUCCCUAACCAAGGUCAGUCACCUCAGGGAUGGAGCUGUUUGGUUUGCUUGCUUUUUACCCCAGAAGGGGGGCCUCAAAGAUAGAGAUUUUGUGAGCUUUCUUCACAGCCCUAGGGAGCAUCAAUAAAUGAGAAAUGAAUCUUGGC